AUGGCAGACAAAAAAGCAGCCUCAACAUAUGAUGCACGACUCUCAAACCAAAUCUAUGAACAACUCUAUGACUACAUCCGUCGUCAACCCAACCAACUUUGUCUUGCUGACGCUCUAUAUGAGAAGGACUUCCGUCGUGAAACAGAUAAUAGGGGCAACAUAUUUUUCACCAACAAUCACACAAACCAAGACUACGAAAUUCUCCUCCCAGCAGAAAUUGCGCCCUUCACAUGUGGAACCAAACUGCAAGCUAUUGGGAGCCAUUGGUUGGGAAGACAAACAGAGCCCAACUAUAUCGAGGACAAUACGCUGGUCAAAUGUCCUCUCGCAUGUACCAUGGGACAUCAAGCACCCAGAUUGGUCAACGACUGCUGGUACAACACCAUCGCGGAGAUCAAUAACAUCAUCGAGACAGAGAAAGAGCGCGACGAAAGAAAUGGAGAGAAUUUCAUCGUCAAAGACUGUCUCGGACGCUCGAGCUCUGACAACACCGAUCCAGAUGUGAUCAUAGUCCACACCCAGCGACUUUAUGACGUCCCACAGGACCUGCGCGAGCACAAGAAAAGUGCGGGGAAAACUUCAAGAAUGCAAAAAAUGACCCUUGACCCAGUUACUUCGACGUCCACAUCCGGAAAAACGGCCGUCAGAGGAGACUCAACCAUGAUGUCACAAGAUGCAAGCCAUGACAAACAGAACACAGUCAUCAGCGCCAACACCAUGCACUCACCGACACUUCUGCCAGACUAUGGAGGUCCAAUCUUCCAUCACCGCCGAGCAUCUCUACGUCAACUAGACAUCCGUGAUAGCACCAACAACCUCAUCACUCCCGACAACUGGUACAGCGAGCUCCGACAAGGGACACUUGUCCUUUUUGCAGCCACAAUGCAUGGCUACGUACAAAAAGACCCUGGACAGAAAGGGAGAAAGACUUGGCAACUUGUCGCGAAAUCUAUCAAGGUGAUAGACCGAUUGAAUGAGAGUGUGGAGCCUCGCUACAAAGCGGUAUUGCCCACCGCCGAAAAACGUGGAACAACGUCUUCAGCAGCACUAACAGACUUCAAAAUCGAAAAGAAGAUCCGUGCCAAAUAA